GGCCGAGGGAGGGCGGAGGCGCGCGGGGGGCCAAGCGGCGGCGGCGGCGGCGGCCGGGAGGCAUCUAGCCUAGUACUACAGUAGAUGCCUAGUGGACACUGCCUGCACGGGAUUGGUACUUGAAUUUGGAGCGAGGUGGUCUGGGUUUCAAACCCUGACUACAUUGGAAGAAGAUAUUCAGAUUGGAGUCAUUACACUUUAGUGGAAUGAUAAGACACUGGAGUUCUUUAUUAUGGAUAAUAGCAAGUCUAGAAAAAAAUUUCCCCCAGUGAAUGGCAACAAUUAAUUACUUACGUCACAUUUUGCCAGUCAGCUGUGACAGAAAAUGUUGUGUUAGGUGAUGGCUUGGACCAAAAUGAGAACUGGAUCAUCAUCAUUGCUGAUUCCAAAAUAGAGAACCCAUUCACUCAGAGCCAUCGGUAGUUAGAAGCCAGAGAAGAAUAUCCAUCAUAAAGGCCUAGAAAUGCAGAGCAGUAAGUCCGAUGGCAUUGACUCCAGUGGAAAUGAAUUUAAUGGACCAGAAGAGUCCAGUGGGCUGGAUUCUUUUGAUAAAGAAUCCGAUGAGAUGUGGAAACAAGGCUUCAAACGGCAAGGCAAAGCUGGCACCAACAGCAACAGUGAGCAACAAGAUCGAAAUAAGACUUCUGAAGAACUUACGAUGGUGGUCCGAGAAAUGAAAAAGUAUUUCCCCUCCGAGAAAAAUCAUAAACCCAGUAUUCUUGAUGCCCUCAAUUAUGCCCUUCACUGCGUACACAGCGUUCAAGCCAACAAUGAGUUUUUCCAGCUCCUUGGACCCAGUGGAGUACACCAAGCAGAUGUGACUAAGUACAGCCUCGAGGAGCUGGCUACCAUUGCUUCAGAACAUACAUCUAAAAACACAGAUACCUUUGUGGCAGUUUUUUCGUUUCUGUCGGGAAAGUUGGUACAUGUUUCGGAGCAGGCCACUCUUAUCUUGAACUGUAAGAAGAAUUCCCUGGCAUCCCUCCCAUUUGUUGAGCUGCUCGCCCCUCAAGAUGUGAGGGUGUUCUACGCACAUACAGUUCAAGCCCAUCUUCCGUUCUGGAAUGUCAGCACCCAAACAGCCUCCCAGUAUGAAUAUUCUCAAGUGAAGCCCUUUUUCUGCAGGAUCAGGGGAGGUAAAGAAAAACAAGAUGCUUAUUAUCAUCCAUUCCGGAUCACCCCCUACACGAUUAAUGUGUACGGUUCUGCCGACACGGAGUCAGAACCCUGCUGCCUCGCUCUGGUUGAGAAGAUUCACUCUGGUUAUGAAGCUCCCCGGAUCCCUGUGAAUAAAAGGAUCUUUACAACAACCCAUACCCCAGGGUGUGUGUUUCUUGAAGUGGAUGAAAGAGCUGUGCCGUUGCUGGGCUACCUCCCUCAGGACCUGAUUGGAACCUCUGUCUUAAUGUACCUGCAUCCAGAAGACCGUCCUCUGAUGUACGCUGUGCACCAAAAAAUCUUGAAGUAUGCAGGCCAACCUCCCUUUGAACAUUCACCUGUUAGAUUUUGUACUCAGAAUGGCGAUUAUGUCAUACUGGAUUCCAGCUGGUCCAGCUUUGUGAACCCGUGGAGCCGGAAAGUUUCCUUCAUUAUUGGCCGACACAAAGUCCGAACGAGCCCAUUAAAUGAAGAUGUUUUUGCCACCAGAAUGAAGAAGAUGAGCAGUAUUGACAAAGAUAUAACUGAAUUGCAAGAUCAAAUUUAUAAACUUCUUUUACAGCCAGUUCACGUCAGUGGGUCCAGUGGCUACGGGAGCCUAGGAAGCAAUGGAUCGCAGGAACAUUACAUUAGCAUUGCAUCGUCCAGUGAAUCUAGUGGGAACUGUGUUGAGGAAAUCCAGAAGGAGCCAAUGACAUUGCAGCAGGUCUGUGCCACUGUCAACAGAAUAAAAAACCUGGGGCAACAGCUGUAUAUUGAAUCAAGGACCAAACCAUCCAACCAGCAGUUUAUAGGAUCAGGUACCGAGCGACAAGGAGGCAACAAGAAGUCUUCUCAUCCUUCAUCUCAGGAGCUAAGAAACAGUAGUUUGGGCACUGACUCUUGUGAUGAUUUGAGAAAAGAUCAGCAUAUUCCAUCCUAUCAGCAGAUCAACUGUGUGGACAGUAUUAUCAGGUACCUCGAGAGCUACAGCACCCCUGCCUUGAAGAGGAAGUGUGUCUCCUGCACCAACACAACUUCCUCCUCUGAAGAAGAAGACCAGCAUGUCGGUCAGAGACCAGCUGAUGCCCAGGCACUAGGAGCCAUUCCGCAGAUUCCAGUCCUGGCCACACCCGCAGGGACUGAGGAUGAAGGCCCAGCACUGGCGCUCUCCCCCAAAGCCAUGAGCGUGCUCUCCGCCACGAGUCAGUGCAGCUACCGCAGCACGCUGGUGCACGUGCCCCAGCCAGAGUCAGAGGUGACUGCUGGAGAUGAUGUUGCUGCAGGCAAUGAGCAGGCUGAAGCCCGGAGUCUGAGCCUCCAGACUUUCCCUGUGGCGACAGAGGGCUUCAGGCAAGUAGGGCUCACGAAGGCAGUGCUCUCUGCUCAUACGCAAAAGGAAGAGAAGAACUACGUGGACAGAUUCCGGGAAAAGAUCCUGUCUUCUCCAUAUCGCUCUUACCUUCAGCCAGAUAGCAGAAGCAAGAUGAGAUAUCCCCUUCUCCAAGGAGAAGCUCCUUCCAGGAAGGCCCCAUCAGCAGGCUGUAAGAAGGGAAAACACAAGCGCCAGAAGCUCCCGGAGUCAUCUGGCAGCAGCGGCUCUUGUGAGAACUUGCCUUCUCUGCCGGGGAUGCCACCUCCAGGCAGACUGCCCUGGUUGCCUUUGGACGGGGCCCCUCCUGGCUCGUGUGGGUCGCUGUGCCCUCCGUUGGCCCCUUCCCCAGUCGCUGGCUUCCCUGCUCUGCCCUCGGUGCCCCCUCCGAGAGCACAGUGCGCAACUUCGGUGCCUGGGCCAGGGCCUCCCUACAGGAUGCCGCCACUCCCAGCCUUCCCUUCUCCUUAUGUGGGUGCUUUUAUGACCAUUAUUUUACACAGCCCCCCUACUUGUCCCCAGAUGUGUCUGCCAUUCCCGUCCCCCUUUCCGUUCUUGGGGGUGCCUGGUUGUUCCGAGACACCCCUUGCGCCACUGCCCCCCUCAUCGCCAGUGCUGCCGCAGGAGGACCUUACUGAGCUGCCAUCCCCAGCCUCUAGCCAGAGAUCAGCUGAAGAUGAGUGGGUGCUGCAGAGUGAGCGGGAGCAGCACCCCUUAUUUAGUCAUUCCAGGAGCAGCUCCCCACUACAGCUGAACCUGCUUCAGGAAGAAAUGCCAGGGGCUCCCGAGCCCCACACAAACAUGGGACAGGAGGCAGACACAGGAACGCAGUAUCAACAUCAGGUAGGCGAUCAUGGAAAUAGCCACGGUUCUGUGGCCAAGGAACUGCUCAGCCUGUUACUUCACAAGGACCCUGCAGCUGGGGCCGGCUCUGUGGCUUCAGGUGCUGGGUCUGUGAGCUCCGAUGCCCAUGGCUCACUCUCCCAUGGCACAUCUGGGUGUGGCACAGGAAGCAGUGAUAGCAGCAAAUACUUUGCAAGUAGCGACUAUUCCUCUGAAACCUCCCAGAAUGAGCAGAAAUCAGAGGAAAAAGAAGCACCCCACAAAUCAGGUAGAGGCACCAUCUGGGGGAUGAUAGAGCAGACCCCCGAAUGCGUCCUGAUGACUUAUCAGGUCCCCGAGAGGGUUAAAGAAGAUGUGUUAAAAGAGGACCUAGAGAAGCUGGAAAGUAUGAGGCAGCAUCAGCCUCGGUUUACGGAUGGGCAGAAAGAGGAGCUGGCAGAAGUGCACCCUUGGAUUCAAAGCCAAACGAUCCCUCGAGAAAUAGACACCCACGGCUGUGUCACAUGUGAUGGCAAAUGUUUGCUGGGUGUUGGGGCUCUGCCUUUUGAGAAGAGUCCGGAAGAAGACAGUUGGGUGACCGAUCAUGAAGAUGCACCAGCACAGCCUUUCCAGGACAGAAAACUCUGAUGUUUUGGACACUUGACCCUCUUCUGAAGCCUUGCAUAUAUCUUCUAAAAUUCUUGCCUUUUCAAUGACUUUGCAAUUAUCAGUGAAUGCAUAGAGCUGUCCAAAAGUCUUCUUCCUCAAUUUUUAAUAGACUUUUAUUUUUCAAAUAGAAUCUGUUACUCUUAAAUUCUUCAUUUUGUAACGCGUCCCUAGUAUCUGGAAACCAUCAGUUGCAUUUGGCUCCCAUUUUAGCUGUCACGAUUCCAAAGAAGUUCGAUUAUAGCAUGUGGCUAGCAGAGCACAAGGUCAGCCUUGCCCUCAUGGGACGUCAUAAGGAGUAUGACCCCAGUGAGCCUGGAGCCUUACCUGCAUUUGCUCCAUCACUUCUGGCUGAACUGGAGGCUGUUCCCAUGAAUUCAGUGAAUCCAGGUUCCACACUGGACAGACUCUUCCUCCGUCCGUAGCGGUGCUUCCACUGACCUCUGUGCAUAAGGAAGACGUUGCACUCCAGGUUUGCCUUGUUCAUAAGGAGUGAAAAACUCAAGUCAACAUUCGUGAGCCUUAGUAAACAGAAACAGCCAGGCCUUUCUGUCCUUGUGGGAAGCUGGACAUCAGCAUCUUUCAGAUUCCAUCCUCGCUUUGUAGCAUUCUCAGACUUCAGCCAAUGUCAGUCCACUUUUCUCCCUUGAAUUCAUUUCCAUAAGAGAGAGAGAGUCUGUCUCCACAGCCCUAGACCCUGCCCUGAGCAUUGGCAUCCACUGGGCCAUCCACUGCCUAGCAUUUUCGGGCAGCACAGUGGAAGUGCGGGACUGUGCAGGUUAGAGGAAGACCCUGAGCGGGACAGACGAACUCUACUUCGAGACUGCAAAGUGUUCCCUACACCAGGAUUUCUUAGAUCGCUUUUUGCUCCUGUCUUAAAUGUUGUUUAUUCUCAUGCUUGCUUACUAUUCCCUGGUGCUCCGUAGAGUGAUUCCUUCUCUGAUUUUAAAUGCAUGUGGCCUCUAACAACACAAAGAACAUGACACUUGGGAAAGACCUUUCUCGCUGGUUUAUGCCACCAAGUCCUGUCCUUUAGUAGGGGACCUGAAUCCUAUUUGGAAUUUUUCAUCUUUAGUAAGCAAACUGAUAGGGAGUAGCUCUUUUUUCUCCACGUGCCAUCUAAAUCUGUUUAUUAGCAGAGAACUUUUAUAUUCCACAGUGCCCUGAAACUGGAUGGAUGGUUUCUGAAAUAUACAUUCCAUUUGUACAAUUGAAGAAAUUUUUUCCCAUUAAAAAACCACUCAGUCCAGGAAGUGUCUGUCACCAUGUGAUUUCCUUGUGGCAAUGAACACGUAUUUCAACACUGUCAAAUACUCAUUCUACAGAAUUUGGUUUGUUCUUCCCCCCCCCCCCCCCACCAAAAAGGCCAAGUAUCUUACUUGCUCUAAGAAUAAUAAGAAUCUCCUUUUCUGUUAUUUCCUGGGAUCACUUUUAUUUAGGUUUGCAAGUUUAUUUGCCUUAGGACACAGUUUACUGAGAGCUCUGGAUGCGCGCGCAUGCGCGCGUGUGUGUGUGUGUGUGUGUGUGUGUGUGUGUGUGUGUGUGUGUGUGUGUGUGUGUGUGUAUGAGUCUGAAAGAAGUAUAGCAUCAGAUGCAGGAGCAUAUUAUAUAUAUACAUAUAUAUAUAUUUACAACCAUUUAUAAAUGAUCACAUUUUGAUAACUUCAGUGUUAGGCUAGAUAGUAUUUUUAGAUUUUUUUUUAUCUCUGAAAUCACUAUGGCUGAAAGUGAACAGUGUUUUGAUUCAGCAGUGAUAUGGUUACUGCCCCCUAAGGAGGCUCCACACUAUCUAAAGUUUAUGGUUGAUGUUUUUAUGAAAUUGUUACAUUCUCACCUACAGAAAUUCAUGUUUGGGGGAAAAAAAGUAUGUAUUGUCUCUUUCAAUGUUUACACAAAUGUUGCUGCUCCAAGCAGUUGUUUUUCUUGGAUGUAUUGUGAGAAUUUCUUUAAAAAAGAAAAAAGAAUGCAAUGUACAUGAGAUGAUUCUAUGAUUAAAAUGAGGCUUGGUUAUAAAUCGCAAGGCGAAUAUGAAUUUUUAAAAAUUUUUCAACCAAAUUUGUAAUUAACUAUGUGUGAAUUUACUUGUUUUUACUGUAUAUGAGUAUCCUGACUAGGUGUCUUGGGUUGUUUGUUUGUUUUUUAAAUAAAAAAUAAAUAAAACCAGCAGUGAACCUGU